CGCGGUAUACCAGUUCGAACCAGACGUCCGCGUGUUCCAGUGGUCCGCUGGCGUUCACGACCUAUCCGUCUUAUUACAUUAUUAUUAAUAUAUCAAUUUUGAACACACCGACCGUGACUCUUUAUACUAUUCUUUACGACCGAACGCUUAUUUAAUAAUAAUAUUAUUAUUAUUAUUAUUAUAAUUAUUACUUGCAUUAUUUUUUUUUUUCACAUUUAUAUUCGGCGAUCUGCAACGCGUAUACAGUUGUCAACUUUGAUUUAAAAUAAUUUUAUACGAUAGCAAAAGUGCGCCGUUUUUUGUUUUUUUUUUUUGGUUUUAUUCCAUCCCGAAGAUAUUCCGAUUUUCAACUACACCUGACCGUUGCGACACGCCACGAGCACGUGCCUGUUUUCCGGAUGCUUAAAUGAGAACCAUCGCUCACACAUGGAUAUCACGCAAAUAUUACUCUUUUUAUCAGCCGUUUUCCUAACCUGUGGACUGAUCGGCGCCCAAGAUGACUCGUCAUUGACGUACCGAGUGUCUGCCGAGCGAAUUGUACAGGAUACCAGUAAUUAUGUGGAAACCCGGAGUGCGGAGCAAAAGUUUUUGAAAAAGUACAUGUUAUCUCCUGAUGUGACAUGCAACGAUGGAUCUCCAGCAGGGUUUUACGUGCGCCAUUCAAACUAUAGUAAAACAUGGAUAGUGUUUCUCGAAGAGGGCUGGUGUUGUUACGACAAACAAAGUUGCGACGAACGUUGGUCGCGGGCCGAAUACCUCAUGUCAUCGAAAGAAUGGCCCGAAACUCGAACAGGCGGAGGAAUAUUGUCCAAUAAUGCGGCUGAAAAUCCUUACUGGUGGCAGGCAAAUCACGUUUUCGUGCCGUAUUGUACUAGUGAUAUAUGGACAGGUCGGAGAGCAGAACCACAACAUGGAUCGAAAUUCACUUUUAUGGGCUCCAUAGUGAUUAAGCAAGUCAUCAGAGAGCUAUUAACUAUAGGUUUGGCCAAUGCCAAUGCUCUCAUACUCUCUGGAAGCAGUGCUGGGGGUGUCGGAGUCAUGUUGAAUCUGGAUCCCAUUCAAAAGAUGUUGAGACAGUACAGCGGCAUGUCGGUCCACGGUAUCACGGACUCCGGUUGGUUCAUGGACCAGCAGCCGUACGAUAUUGAGGACGAAGGUGGUUCGUCGGCGUCACCAGUCGAAGCCGUGAAACUAGGCAUCCCUUACUGGCACAGCCAGAUACCAUCCAGGUGUCGGAACCUCUACAUCAACGAGCCUUCCAAGUGUUUUAUCGGUUACAAGAUUUAUCCUACAUUAUCGGUCCCGCUGUUCGUAUUUCAAUGGCUUUACGACGAGUUCCAGCUGAAGAACGAUGUCGGCACUCCGGUCACCAAACAGCAAUGGGACUACAUACACAAGAUGGGCGAAAGGCUACGAAAAUCAUUACUCAACGUCACGUCGGUGUUCGCCCCGUCUUGUGUUUCCCAUACGGUGCUCACGAAGAAGGACUGGAAGAACAUCAAGAUCGACUCGGUGUCCCUCCCUACGGCAUUGCACUGUUGGCAGACUGAGACGAGAUUCGCGAAGAUGAACGGCAACGGCAACGGAAACAACAAUCAUUAUAAUAAUAACAACAGCAACAAGUCUAGACCAGGCCGGGCAAACGGAAACGGAAACGGCAAUCGCGGUGCGGGUGCCCACAACAAGAGGCUGACGAAAGUCGACAGGCAGACGGUGACCGAUAACGCGACCAAGAAGAAACAGAACAAGAUGCAUCGCAACGAUCAUCGAUCUGGAGCAUUGGUUCAUAAGAAACGCAGACGUCACCACAAAAAUCACGGGAGCUGCAGACACCAGCACAUUCAGAGCUGCACUUGGCCGCAAUGCAACAACUCGUGUCCAAAACUUCAAAAUCCUGCAACGGGCGAAGAAGUGGACUUCAUCGAGCUGUUGCAGUCAUUUGGGGUGAAUAUACCAAACCUUUCGUCCGAGCUGGGAAUCGACAUGGAAUCGCUGGUACACAUGGACCAGGAUGAGCUGCUGAACCUGCUCACACAACAGUCCAAUUAAACCGAUACGAUUAUCAUCAUAGUUUGGGGAGGGAGGGGUUAACAGUAGGUCGGGGGAAAGGGUGUGCAUUAUGAUGAGGGAUAAGGGAUGGGUCGACGCGGGAUUUAAAAAAUAAUAAUAUUUAUUGGGGGUGUUUUGUGUCUGGGUUUUACUGGAACGCGUCAAAUUUUACCAAAAAAAAAAAAAAAAUAUAUAC